UUCCCCUCUCUGCUCGGCUUAUCCUGGACCUCUCGGCUCUCUCCGCUCCGGGACGCUGCCAAGUGAACUUUUCUCUGUGUUUUGGGCUCCGAAGUGGAAGCGCAGCAUGUCGCCGCCGUCUCGACGGCUUCAGACGAAGCCGGUGAUCACCUGCCUGAAGACCUUCCUCAUCUCCUACAGCCUCAUUUUCUGGUUCACAGGCGUGAUCCUGCUGGCCGUCGGGGUGUGGGGGAAGGUGAGCCUGGAGGCCUACAUCACCCUGGCUUCUGAGGAGAGCACCAACGCGCCAUAUGUCCUAAUUGGGACCGGAGCCACCAUCGUUAUUUUCGGACUGUUCGGAUGCUUCGCUACAUGCCGUGGCAGCCCAUGGAUGCUGAAACUGUAUGCCAUGUUUUUGACCUUGGUGUUCCUGGCUGAGCUGGUGGCCGGAGUCUCGGGCUUCAUCUUCAGGCAUGAGAUCAAGGCCAAAUUAGGCAGUGCCUAUAAGAACGCUGUGAAGUCCUACAACAGCACCGACAGCAGCAGCUCUGCAGUCGACGCCAUCCAGAGGACUCUGCACUGCUGCGGAGUGAAAAAUUACACCGACUGGAGCGAGACGGCUUACUUUAAAGAGCACGGCGUCCCUACCAGCUGCUGUAAGCCCAGCGCCGACUGCUCAAGUGAGAACCUGAAAGACCUUGACAAGGCUGGGAAAGAAGUGUACACGACGGGCUGCUUCGCGCUGGUGACCACUGUGAUGGAGGGAAACCUGGGAAUCAUCGCUGGGAUCUCUUUUGGGAUCGCAUUCUUCCAGCUCAUUGGGAUAUUCCUGGCCUGCUGCUUGUCUCGAUACAUAACCAACAACCAGUAUGAGAUGGUCUAACAGUCGCCUUCCACAGGUCACUGAUGGGCAGCUCCUGGUGCAAACCGACUUCACAUUUUAUUGUUGUGUGUGUGUUAGUUGAUAUUAUUUUAGAGAGGGAAAACACUCGCUGCUUCUUCUUUUAUUUGAUCUCACCAAUGACAAACAAGCAGAAGGGAAACGUACGAAAAGGGGAAAUCACAAGGGACGGCUCAGUUUGACCAAAACGAAAAGGGACCCGAGAACGUCGGAGAUCAUUUGUCACUCCUGGGAUCUAAUUAGGGAAUUUCUGUUAAGCGUAGAUGCCAAUACAUAGUUGUCACUUUUUUUUUUUUCUUUUUUAAACUUUCUUGUCUUGUCUUGCAGCUGCCUUAUUUUGUAAUUUUUGCUAAAAGUAGUCUGUAGCUGAGCAGAUGAAUCUAGACAAUAAGCUGAGAAAAUCAUGUGUAUCUCUAUGUGUUGAAACUCGUACGAGCCUGAGAGACGGACGAGAGGUCGCCACCCUGAAAUCAAGAUUUUCGUGAUUUAUGAGUUGUGUGGAAGAUGAGCCUUACGGAUGGAUGUGGGCCAGUACUGUUGACAGCCAGCGUUCAUGUGUGCCAACUUUCUAAGACAGUUUCCAGUGUUAAAUUGUUACUCUUUUGUGGAUGCAUGUGAAAUACUUGAAAAAAAAUAAAGAUGAAAUCUGUAAA